AUGGCCACUACGAUCUCUGCUGAACAAACCGAGAAGGCUUUCCAAAAGCAACCGAUCUUCCAGAACUCGAAGAUCAAAUCCACCGGCAAGAAGGUUGCCUCAAAAGACAGACGGUGGUAUAAGGAUGUCGGCCUUGGCUUCAAGACUCCCGCUGAAGCCAUCAACGGCACCUACAUCGACAAGAAGUGCCCCUUUACCGGUGAAGUUUCUAUCCGAGGUCGAAUCCUUACCGGCCGUGUAGUGUCCACGAAGAUGACCCGAACUAUUAUCAUCCGUCGGGAAUAUCUUCACUAUAUUCCCAAAUACUCAAGAUACGAGAAGAGGCAUCAGAACAUGGCCGUCCACUGUUCUCCUGCUUUCCGUGUCGAAAUUGGCGACCAAGUCACUGUUGGACAAUGCCGACCCCUAUCCAAGACCGUUCGAUUCAACGUUCUGAGGGUUCAAAAGUCCAAAUCAUCUGCCUUGGCUAAGCAAUUUGGAAAGUUCUGA